AGUGGUUCCGUUUAAGUGUUUGGUCUAACUUGACAGAGAGAAGUUCUCGAAGAAGAAGAAUCUCAAACAGAAGAAGAAGAAGCAGCAGCAGCAGCAGAAUAACCUCAAACAGAAGAAGAACAAGAACCCGAAUAAUCUGAAACAGAAGGAGCUGAAGCAGCAGCAGCAGCAGAAGAAGAAGAAGAAGAAGAAGAAGAUGGAGAUGGAGAUGGAGAUGGAGUCCUCCGCGGUGGAGAUCGACGGCAGCGUGAUGGAGGGAGGAGGACAGAUCCUGCGGGUUUCCGCGGCGCUCAGCUGCAUCACCGGGUCCUCCAUCAACAUCAGCAAAGUCCGAGCCGGCAGGAGCACACCGGGGCUCAGACCACAGCACCUGAGCGGCCUGCAGCUGGUCUCAGAUCUGUGUUCUGGCAGUCUGCAGGGAGCCGCCAUCGGUUCCACCGACAUCAGUCUGACUCCAGGAAAGAUCCAGUCUGGAAACCACACGGCCGACACAGAGACCGCUGGGAGUGUGUGUCUGCUGCUGCAGGUCGCUCUGCCAUGUGCUCUGUACUCUGACGCCUCCUCACAGCUCAUUCUGAAGGGAGGAACGAACGCAGAGAUGGCUCCUCAGAUCGACUACACCGUCAAGGUGUUUAAACCGAUGGUGGAGAGGUUUGGAGUCCAUUUUGACUGUGACAUCAGAAUGAGGGGGUACUACCCUAAAGGUGGAGGGGAGGUGAUGGUGACGGUGAACCCCGUCAAAGAGCUACAGCCCGUCGUCAUGACGGAGAGAGGAAACAUCACCAAGAUCUACGGCCGGGCCUUUGUUGCUGGAGUCCUGCCCUACAAACUGGCUAAAGACAUGUCUGCUGCUGCGGUUCGAACCAUCAGAAAGGAAAUCAAAGAGCUGUACAUCAACAUCCCGGCGCUGCAGGAGAAGGAGAAGGCCUGCGGCAACGGCAACGGCAUCAUAAUAAUUGCCGAGUCGUCGACAGGUUGUGUGUUUGCAGGUUCGGCUCUGGGGAAGAAAGGUGUGUAUGUAGAUAAAAUUGGUAUUGAAGCUGCCGAGAUGUUGCUGAGGAACAUCCGACACAACGGCUGUGUGGACGAGUUCCUGCAGGACCAGCUCAUCAUCUUCAUGGCGUUGGCGAAGGGAACGUCUCGGAUUCGAACCGGCGCUGUGACGCUGCACACGCAGACGGCCAUUCACAUCGCAGAGCAGCUGACUCAGGCAAAGUUCACAAUAACAAAGUCUGAGGACGAACUGAGCAGCGACGACACCUUCAUCAUCGAGUGUGAAGGAUCAGGAGCCGUUAACAAACACCUGUAGACACACACCUGUAGACGCACACUGAACACGCACACCUGUAGUCACACACUCUCCAGCUGCUCGGCCCCAUGACCUUCAGCUUCUGUCUCAGGGUGUUUCCUUAAAACUGUAAUAAAUAAACAACUGUUUCUGUUU